GGAACAACUGCUAGCUUACCUGAACGUGAGGAACACGAUUAUGGGUCAACAAUAACGUACAGUACUGCAACAGAUAUCUCAACGAGCAGUUCGACGACUCUUGAGACAGUAGCUCACACUGCAACUACCGACAUUUCAAGCGACUGGAAGACCAGUGAAGGAGUGAGCUACACUGCUACGACUAAGAUUCCGAUGAGCGAAUGGACGACUGGUGAAUCAGAACGGUACACUACCACGACUGACAUUUCAAUGAGCGAAUAUACGACUGCUGAAUCAGCGACACUUGCCAAAACUCACGCGAAAGGGUUGUCAACCUCGGAUGCGGCAUACCAAUACACACCGAUAUUACUAGCAUUCAUCAUACUAAUAUUUAUACUUAUUUUGAUUUGA